AUGCUUCCUCUGCUCCCUCCCUCCCUCCCUCCCUCCCUCCUCCUCCUGUCCAACGUGGUGGUGAGCAGGGCGCAGAGGAAGACGGAGGCAGCGAGCUGGAAGUUGGAGGAAGAAGAGGGCAGGAGGGCGCUGGAGCAGUACAGGGCGAUGACGGACUUGGCAAUGGCGCAUGCCGCAGCGGAAGGGAAACUGGUCGGGCUUGACCUUCAGGUUGGACUCUUGCGGGAGCUGGUGGAGAAGGAGGCGGUGGCAGCCAGAGAGCGGGAGCGGGAGAGCCGCCGGCUCCAGCAGAUGCUCGAGCAGCUCGACCCGGUGAAGGCAGAAGAAGCUCUGGAGCAGCGGGAGAGAAGGAGGAGGUGA